CUAAGCCGUCGCCAUGUUACAUGUCCAACGUCCAGAAGUGUAGGGCAGCAUGGAAAUAUUUCACUGUGUGUGUGCUGCAGGUGCCCCGGGCAUUCGUGAACCUCAUGGAGAUGCUGUACAUUGAGCCCCUGCGAGGGCUAUAUAAUGACAAUGGCAACGAUUGCCCCCGAAUCAUCCUCAGGGAGCUGUGUGAUUGCGUGGUGGAUCUCUCCGAGGGCUCCAGCGAGCUUGACUACCUCAUCACACUCAACCGGGCAUACCAGCAACGACAGCAGGAUCUGAUAGAGAGCGGGCGCUACGACACGAGGGAUGACUUCACGGUGGUGCUGCAGCCCUUCCUGCGCAACCUCACCAUGCCCCUCGAUUCGCUAGGGAAACCAGACCCUUCGUUCUUCUCUCCGGACUGCUUCCACUUUGGUGAGAAGGCCCAUGCUCUGUCUGCCAAGGCCCUCUGGAAUAACAUGCUGGAGCCAGUGGGAAAGAAAACCACCGAUCAGGACUUUGUGGCUGACCUGCCCAUCCGCUGUCCCACAGAGAAAGAACCAUACCUACAUACUUACAAGAACAGCAACUACAAUUACAAGAAAAAGGACUGGGGAAGCGAUUUCUCCUGCACCGAUAUAAGUCCAUCAAGCACUGUCCCCACUUCUGUGCACACCCUGAGGCCAGCAGACAUCAAGGUCAUUGCGGCGCUCGGCGACUCUCUGACGGCUGCCAAUGGAGCCAGGGCUGACUAUUUUAGCAACGUUACCACCCAGUGGAGAGGGGUGUCUUGGAGUGUUGGAGGAGAUGAAACUCUCAGCACGAUCACUACUCUUGCAAACAUCCUGAAGAAGUUCAACCCCGACCUGUACGGCUUCUCGGAGGGCAUCGGCAGCAAGGACUCUCCGAACGCGCGGUUCAACGUCGCCGUGCCGGGAGCUCGCGCACGGAACCUAACUGGGCAAGCACAAGAACUGGUGACCCGCAUGAGCAAUGACCAAAAAAUUAACUUCAACAAUGACUGGAAGCUGGUGACGAUCUUCAUCGGUGGGAACGACUUAUGUCAGUACUGCCUCGCCAAGGAAGAAAGUUCAGCUGACAAGUUUGUAAAUCACAUCUCUGCAGCCCUGGACAUUCUGUAUGAAAAGGUGCCGCGGGUGUUUGUGAACUUGGUGGAGAUCCUGGAGAUCAAAGGGCUGCGGAGACUCGUGUCCAGUGCUUACGGCUGCACCAAGAAUCCGAGGUUACUUUGCCCAUGUUUCAUAAAUCCUGGAGAAUAUUCUAAGGAGCUAGAAGAAAUGGUCAUCGUCAACAGGGAGUACCAGACAAAAACCAGCGAUCUGAUUGCCAGCGGCAAGUACUCCGACCGUGAUGACUUCACCAUCGUUCUGCAGCCCUUCUUCCGAAACACCUUCCUUCCACUGGACGAGCUCAAUGAACCAGACCUGAGCUACUUCUCCAGGGAUUGCUUCCAUUUCAGCGAGAAGGGGCAGGCUGAGAUGGCCAUUGCUGUUUGGAACAACAUGCUGGAGCCCGUGGGUAAGAAGCAAACGUACAACGACUUUACAACAAGCAGGAAAAAGCUGAAAUGCCCUACAAAGGACCAGCCAUACCUGUUCACAGAGGGACCGUCAACAAAAUCAGAUGGCAUGCAGCUGACGGCCUUGGGCAGCCUAACACUGGCAAGCUGCCUCAUCUGUCUGUUCAAGUCCAUGAGUUAAAGAAGACAUACUCUGAAGAACAGAAAUGCUCCUUUGAGCAGUAGCAUGGCUGUGCAUUUUUGAUGUUCGAUAAAUGUCACUAAUGCAGGGACCCUUUCAUAUUGUACUAUGUUGGAAAUUACAAAAUUAAGUUUUCCGAACUGUGUUAACACACGUGUCACAUACAUAAUGUACUAUGUUCGCUGGCGACACUACGUACAGCGGUACUUUGUAAUAAAGCUGAUCAUGUAUCACCAAGCACUCUCACCGCACCCUAACCAGUCACCUGAUACCACCCACCAGAAACUCACAUGUAUCACUCUCCACUCAUUUCACACAGCCCUCAUCAGACACUCACCAUUCACUGGAUACUCACCAAACAUACACCUAACACUCACCAGAGGCAACUCACACUUUACACACACCUAACAAUCAGCACACUAUUCGCCAGUAAGCACUAUAGGGCUGACACUGGGGAUCAUCACAUCGGCCCUUUACAAUUUUACAAGCACAUGGGCAGCUAUCCACUCAAAACACUGCAUUUUCCACUUCACACACGUGACCCUUCCACCAACCGCCACACGCGCCUGUGCUGAACACGUCGAUUGGUCCAGUAUUUUUGUCGGGAAAUUCGAAUCCGGCUAAUCGAGGGUUAAACGGCGUUGGCCACGUGACCUUCGGUGAUUACGGAUCGACACUGGGGAAAAUUAAGCAUCAUAGAUGAUCGCUUGACGCUGGAGAGCAUGCCGAUUGGUCAGUGAUGAAGGGCAAACGCCAGAUGGCCGGUCGUGGGGAAAUUAUGCAUCAUAGAUGAUCGCUUGACACUGUGAAGCAUUCUGAUUGGUCAGUGAUGGGGGG